GAGCUUCCGGCAACGCUGCCCUGGAUGGCGGCGGCUGGGGCUGGACGGGCGGCGGAGCCCGGGAAUGGACGGGCGGACGAGCAGCAGAGCAGAAGGAUGGCGGAGCGGCGGCUGUGGCUGUGGCUGUGGGUGCCGAGCGGGCUGUGGGUGCUGGCGGCCGUGCUGCUGCUGCUCCUGCUCCUGGCCCCGCUGCCCUGCGCAGGCCAGAGCAGUCUGCCAAGCCCAGAGAAUGUGCAGGUCCAUGUGGUGAACACCAAUUUCACGCUGAGCUGGGAUUACAACGGGAGCGAUCCCAACGUGACGUUUUCAGCAGAAUUCCAGUGGCCGGAGCUGGAGGACACGGGCUGGCAGGAGCUGCGGGGGUGCCAGGCCGUGCUGGGCACCGCCUGUGAUUUCUCAGCAGCCAUCUCCGAGUACUACGACCUCCACUGGCUGCGCGUGAGGGCUCAGGAGGGGCCGCGGGCGUCGCCGUGGUCCGAGAUCCUGGAGAUGGUGCCGGAAUACGUCGCUCAGAUUGGCCCACCAGGACUAGAAUUGCAGUCCACAAAUGGAGUUGUAAAAGUUAAGGUUUCUCCUCCAGAAGAAAAUCAGAGGAAAAAGAUGUGGAUCAAUGAUCUGAGUUUUAAAUAUAACCUGGUCUUCUGGGAAAACUCAUCACAUGCUCAGCUGCAGAGCAAAACCAUUUUCCCUGUUGACACCAUCAAUGAUCUUGCCCCAGACAGCAUCUACUGCUUCAAGGUUCAAGCAAAUCUCCCCAGUGAGGCGAAGCAAGGCUUGUUCAGCCCCAUCAGCUGUGUGAAAAACACACAGAAAGUGAAUGACCCCCUGUGUGCAACCAACCUGAGCAUCCUGGCUUUGAACAUGAAUUUCCACCUGCUUUGGAGUACCCAGGAGAACCAGGAGGUGAACUACAACGUGCAGUACCUCCAUGGGUUCCUGAAGAGCCUCAAUGAAGAUUACUCAGACAAGUGGCUCAGUGUCCCCAGGUGUGAGAACAUCACCAGAACCUGGUGCAACUUCUCCUCCAUCUUCACCAACCUGGGAUUUUAUUAUCUGCGAGUGCAGGCCAGGAGGGACAACAAAUCCUGUUUGUCCAGGGAAGUCAAAGUGGAUCCUCUGAAAAUAAAUGGAAUUGGCCCUCCUGGUUUAAGGCUGGACCUCAGUGACGCCUCACUCCACAUCCUUAUUUCUCCUCCAGGAGGAGCUGAGCAUGAUGCCAUGAGGGACCAUUAUGACUUGUCCUACAGGAUCCUGUACUGGAAAAAAUCCUCAGAGGGGGAGGUGAAGCAGAAGGAGGUGAGGCAAACCAUAGCCACAGUCCCUGAUGUGUCCCCCUCCACCCUGUACUGUGUCAAAGUCCAGGCUUUCUCUAAGCCCUACAACAAGAGCAGUGCCUACAGCCAGCAGGAAUGCAUCCACACCCCUGCAGGUUCACGUUUACCUCUGAUCAUUUUUGGGAUUUUCAUGGGUGCCCUGCUGGUUGUCCUGCUGGUGGCCACUCCUCUUGUUUUUAUGCUCUUCAAAGCCUACAACAAAAUCAAAUACGUGUUCUUCCCCUCCUGCCAGCCCCCCCUGAACAUCGAGGGAUUUGGAGCACAUCCCUUCAGCAGCCCUUACCUGUCAGCUGCAGAGGAACCUGUGGAAAAUUGCUGUGUGAUCGAAUCCAUGAUCACAGAAGAGGGAAAUCAGAUUGAUUUUACAGACUACAAACAUUCCAAACAGAGCAGCCGAGACUCAGGGAAUUAUUCCAACGACAACAACUCUUCGGGGAGCAAAGGAUCCAAAGAAACACUGGAAAAUGAAAUCAUUUAACUUUGGGAAAGCAAAAUUCACUUUAUGGGAUUGCCAACUUCACAGACACUUCAGACCUCUU